GUACCAGUGUUUACAGUGUCUAGCCAAUGGGGAGGCGUGGGUGUUCAGUUUGGGGUAUUAUGGAUCACUGAGGCUAAAACAGGACUCAAAGCAUCUCAAGCUCUCACCUGAUUAGGGCUCAGACCGUCCACAACCUCAGAGAGAAAACGCUUUUCAGCUCAAACGGACGGAAGACAGGUCCAUCUCCCCACCACUCUCCUCCUGACACCCGUGCAUCUCUGACAAAGAACAGGGCGCCUCUGUCAUGAUUGGCCAGCGUGGACUCCCCGCCCUGUGGGCGUGCCUGUUGCUGGCGGCGACGUUGUGCCCCAGCGCCGUGGUGGGGCGGGGCCGGGGCUUCGGGGGAAGGAUGGGGGGCAUGAGGAUGGGGGCCAGAGCCCCACCCAUACAGACCCACCGCUCCUCCAACACCGGGAUGAAGAUGGCGGGGGCGGCGGCGGCGGGGGCCCUGGGCGGGGCGGUGGUCGGGCACGGGCUGAGCUCGAUGGGGCGUCCGGGAUAUGGCUACGGAGGUUACGGCGGCUACGGCCACGGCGGGUACGGCGGGUACCCCAGGUACGGCGGCGGAUAUGCCUCCGGAGGCCGCAGGUACGAAAACGGCGGCGAGUUCCGGAAUGAGACUGACGGGGAGUACUACUACGAUUCCAGCCCCAGCCAUGACACCAGUGCUUUUGUCAUCCUGGGAUCCAUGAUAUCCUUCAUGAUGGGUCACUGGAUGGGAAUUUAAUCCUGUGGACUGGAUCAUCCUCAUUUAGAAUGUACAGGGCUGUGAAUGAAAAUUCAAGCAGCUCACAAUGAGUAAGAGUGAUUGCGCUGCCAACUAUCUUUGCUUUAAAAGGAUUCUUUGAAUAAGGCUUUCUUUCCUAAGAAGAUUCUAGGCAGUAAUUUGUUUGGGCUAUAUGGAUGGGGUUGCACUAAGAGUACAUCAUUAUAGCCAUGUGAGCAUAAAUUUUUAUUUUCAUGACUAACAAUAGUCUUCAAAGUUAUGGAUGAUGAAAGAAAGGGUUUGUUACCGUAUUUGGUGUUCAUUUGAAAUUAUGGUAAAAGUAUAUAUAUAUAUAUUUAUUUAUUUUUUGAAAAGAGUGCUUAAGUUCAGCUCAGAUCACACAGAUUGCAGUAGGAGCAAAUAAAGUAUCUUUGUGAAGCUGAUAAACUAAAAUUUACCACACAUUCCAGGUGGAAAAUUCCGCCAGAUUUUUCAUCCCUUUCUACCUCUAUUAUAGGUUAGUCAGUUAGAAUGCUGUAAUACUGCCAACAAUUGCCCAUCCUUCGAUUAAACAAAAGUAAUGAACAGUCACUUCUCUAUUCACAUUCCACUAUUUGUAAGUACUAUUGAUUUCAAGAAUAUUUUUGUAACAUUGCGUUUAUUUUUGUAACAAUGCAUUUAUCAUACAAGUAUUGCCAUGAGCAGGAUUAUGUAGUUUUUAAAUUAAUAUAUGCUGGUGUUUCUGUGAGAAUAAAAUAACUUUUCAGAGCAGUAAUGCAGACUUUGAUGCAGGCAGGCUAAUUGUAUAAUGUGUUUUGAUCAAGUGCACGGCUGUUGUAUUUGAAUAAAGGUAUGAAAACCC